AACUAAAAUCUCCAGGACCACCGAGUCGAUUCGGUCGACCCAUCCUCAUGCCUGAUUAUUAGGAAGAAUUAGAUUCUGGGUAAAGUAAUUGUACGCUUUACACUACUCAUUGGAAAAGUUUAAUAAUUCGGUGUUUGAGUGCGGAAUAAGAAUUAUCAGGCAAGGCCUGUGAACUGUGCUGAGAAACGAUGUCUCGGUUGUCGUUGUGUUUACACUGUUAUCAUCGUCGUACAUCGUGUGCUGAUUACGCUUCAAGUUUUUCGGUUCUCGCAUUGUAGCUACUUAUUUUAUGUGUUUUUUCCCUCGUGUGUUGAUGCGUCUCACAACUACCUUCGCUCUUAAAUAAUAUGCACAUCGGACUUCCAGCCAUCACGGCAGUGAAAAAAAAAGAAAACAGAAUAAUAAAUACUUGUGGUACUAUAAAUCAUGAACGUACAUUAUACUGAGAACGGCUAACGCGCUCUUGCUAGUAGAUUGCUGGCUGACUGGCUUAGUGAGGCAGAAGAUAAGCGCUGUGACUUUACUUAGCGCGGACAUUUUUUAAUUAGUCCAAAAUCAAGCUCCUCCUGACAUAAACACAGCAGAACCGAACCUCAACUCGAAAAUCGCUUGGGACGACCGCUUUUGGCGGCAAUCAUCGAAAAAACAACAUCAACAGCAGGUGGUCUCACGUCGCACAUUGGCAAAAAUGGUCCUUUCCAAACCACUGUACAAUCUGCUGGGGGCUUACUUUGAGCAGCUGUUCAAUCACCCGGUGCGGACCAAAUCCCUGACCAGCUGCGUCAUCGCGACCUCGGCCAAUUAUUGCUCCCAGAAGAUAGCCGGCUCGAAAAAGACAAACACCGACACGCUGGUCGCGUACGGGCUGUUCGGGUUGAUCUUCACCGGGCCACUGUCACACUUUUUCUACCAAUGGCUGGACCGGAUGACGGCCGACAGCCGCUUCAAGCCCCUGCUGAUGCUGCUCGGGGAGCGGACCCUUUUUGCGCCGGCCAUCACCGCCCUCUCGCUCUACUUCAUUACCCUGUUCGAGGGCCGCAGCCAUGAGGAGGGCUGCAGCAACCUGAACGACCUGUACAAGAUGAUCGUGGUCAACAACUGGAAGUACUUGACGCUGCCGAUUCUGAUCAACUUCAAAUUCGUGCCUCCCAUGCUCCGCGUUCUAGUCGCCAACAUCAUCGGCUUCUGCUGGAUCGUUUUCCUAUCGGCCAAGCGCCGGAAGGCCGAAAUCCUGCGCCGCAAGGCGGAAGAACAGCGAAACUCCUGAGUAGCGGAGAACGUCUCCUUCUGGCCUUUCGCGGUCCUGACGGGGAAACGUUACAACGAUGACGACGAUGUUGACAACUACGUGCCACCGGAGAAGCCCAGCUCGUACGAGAAGCUAGCGGGAGGCAUUUCGACGUAGAGUGUGGGUGAUGCGGAGGUGCGCGGUUGGCAUGGGUGGGGGCGGAUGUGGGCCAAACGAAUCGGACGUUGUCGGAGUUGAACGAGAGUACUCGGCGGAGCACAGAAAGCGAAGCAAUACACAGACAGAUCGGGAGGAGAUCGAUUGACCGAGCGAGCGGCAAUGCGAAUCAGCAAAGCAGCAAAACAUGAUGAAAACAAACGCUAAAGAGAAGAACACAAAAUGCGAAUCAACACUUAGGAAAGAGAGAUUACCGAAGGAGAGAAUACAGCAACAAAUCAACCAGUAACAACAAACAAAACAACAACAAAUAUUAGUAGCAACAAUUAAAAAUAAACUUUGUCAGUAAAUUGCGGUAACAAAUGGAAAAAGCAGCCUUUUAAAUUUGCAUAAAAUAGGGAAAAAUAAACAAAACAGAUACAAAGCGCGUGAAUAAUCGAAAAAAAGAAAGCAAAACAAAAGAUAAAAGCUAAGCAUAAUAAAACAAAAAAAAUUAGGAUACGUUUCAAUAUUAUAAAUAUAUUAUGAAUAGAGACUUGUUCAGCAUUUAAGAAUUCGCUUCCUGGGAAAAAUAAUGCAAUAAUAUAAAAUAAUAAUCAAGUGAGGAGGAUAUUCCUUUUAAGAUAUUCAAAUCAUUCAACAAACAAAACCACACACAUUGUAAAACCACACCACGUGUUUAAAUUCGCUAUUACUAUUAUAGGUUUAGGGGAGGUGCAAAAGACUUUUUUUUGUUACAUUUUCGUUUCUUGGUUGUAAGUUAUUACAAAUGGGGUAAAAAUACAGCAUUUUAUAUCACACCUGACAGACAGAAAGAGAAAAAAAGGAAAAAGAGAACAAACCCAA